AUGGAGACCGUCAACACCACAGCCCGGUUGACCACCCUUCGGUCGUUGAUGAAGGAGAACGGCGUCGACAUCUAUGGUAUUAUUGUUCCGUCCGAGGACAGCCACGCCUCCGAAUAUAUCGCACCAUGCGACGGCCGCCGCGCCUUCAUCUCGGGCUUCACCGGUUCCGCAGGGACGGCCGUGGUGACACAGGACAAGGCUGCCCUCGCCACCGACGGGCGAUAUUUCAACCAGGCUGGCAAGCAGCUGGACGGGAAUUGGCACCUCCUCAAGACGGGUCUGCAAGAUGUCCCGACGUGGCAGGAUUGGACGGCCGAAGCAUCAGCCGGCGGCAAGACGGUGGGCGUCGACCCCUCUCUGAUCUCGAGCCCCAUCGCGGAGAAGCUGGACGAGAGCAUCAAGAAGAGCGGCGGCGCCGGCCUGAAAGCCGUCAGUGAGAACUUGGUUGACCCGGUGUGGGGUAGUGACAGGCCUGCCCGCUCGAGCAAUCCCGUCAAGCUCCUUAUCGGUAAGUACUCGGGCAAAGACACAGCUGCUAAGCUUACCGAGCUCCGCAAGGAGUUGGAGAAGAAGAAGGCCGCCGCCUUCGUCUUGUCUAUGCUGGAUGAGGUCGCAUGGCUCUUCAACCUUCGCGGCAGCGACAUCACCUACAACCCCGUGUUUUACUCGUACGCCAUUGUGACACAGGAUUCGGCGACGCUAUAUGUGGAUGUUUCCAAGCUGGACGAUGAGAGCCGGAGCUACCUGGACCAGAACAAGGUUACCAUCAAACCGUAUGACACCUUGUUCGAGGAUGCCAAGGCCCUGGCCAGUGCCGCCGAGGCCAAGGGAACGUCCGAAGCGCCGAGGAAAUACUUUGUCUCCAACAAGGGCUCUUGGGCACUGAAACUGGCACUCGGGGGCGACAAGUUUGUGGAAGAGGUUCGAAGCCCGGUUGGGGAUGCCAAGGCGGUCAAGAACGACACCGAACUCGAGGGCAUGAGGCAGUGCCACAUCCGGGACGGCGUUGCUCUCAUACAGUUCUUUGCCUGGCUUGAAGACCAGCUCGUCAACAAGAAGGCAGUCCUCGAUGAAGUGGCGGCCGCUGAUCAGCUCGAGGCGCUCCGGUCGAAGCAAACGGACUUUGUCGGUCUUUCCUUCGACACCAUUUCAUCCACAGGGCCGAACGCUGCUGUCAUUCACUACAAACCGGAACCGGGGGCUUGCUCUAUCAUUGACCCGGAGGCCAUUUACUUGUGCGACUCAGGGGCUCAGUUCCUAGACGGCACGACCGACGUCACCCGGACCCUCCACUUUGGCACCCCCACCGCCGAGCAGAAGAAGGCCUACACGCUUGUCCUGAAGGGCAACAUCGCCCUCGACACAGCGAUUUUCCCCAAGGGCACAACCGGCUAUGCCAUUGAUUGUCUGGCCCGGCAAUUCCUUUGGGCAAGCUCACCUUUCUCUACCAAACAAGGCCUCGAUUACCGCCACGGCACGGGCCACGGCGUCGGAUCGUACCUCAACGUGCACGAGGGCCCGAUCGGCAUCGGCACGCGCAAGCAGUACGCUGAGGUAGCCCUAGCGGCCGGCAACGUGCUGUCCAUCGAGCCGGGCUUCUACGAGGACGGGUCCUACGGCAUCCGCAUCGAGAACCUGGCCAUGGUGCGCGAGGUCAAGACGGAGCACUCGUUCGGCGACAAGCCCUUCCUCGGCUUCGAGCACGUCACUAUGGUGCCCUACUGCCGCAAGCUAAUCGACGAGGCCCUGCUGACGGCCGAGGAGCGGGAAUGGUUGAACCAGAGCAACAAGGAGAUCCGCGAGAAGAUGGCCGGGCGGUUCGACGGCGACCAGCUGACGCAGGCGUGGCUGGAGAGGGAGACGCAGCCUUUUUGA